GCAUUUCCUGUGACGCCAGCGCCCGGACUCCAUUAGACAGCAGCUGGGGGAAGAAUCAACACACCAGGGAGCGGAGCGGCACGGACCGAGCACCGAGGCGGCCGCUGCCUCCGCCGCCGCCUCCGCCGCCGCCGUCCGGGCUCCCAGCUGCGGGCCCGCGCCCCCCCCAGUGCCCGCGAGCCCCCGGGCCGCGCCGCGAGCGCCUCCGGAGGGGGGGGGAAGGGCCCGGUCCUCCUUCUCCCCCUCCUCCCGCCCCGCCGACCCCCGCCGCGCCCCGCCGGCCUCCCACCACGGCCUCUCUCGGCGAGGAAACUCUGGCCUCCGCUUCCUCCUCCUCCGACUCGGACGCCGGCGGAGCCUCCCCGCCCCCGCGGAAGAAGCCCCGAGCCUCGGCGGCGGAGGGAGCAGGAGAGCCCGGGGCCUCGGCCGGCCGAGCAGGCCUCCCCCCCCCGCCCUCGCCCUCGCCCUCGCCGGCCGCCUCCUCCUCCUCCUCCGUGGUGGUGGUGGUGGGACUGCCUCCGGCCGCCCCCGCCGCCCCGCAGCGGAGCAGCGGCCACAGCCUGGUCAGCGGCGGCACCAUGCAGGCCAACGGGGCGGGAGGAGGCGGCGGCGGCGGCGGGGGCGGCGGGGGCCAGGGCCAGACCCCGGAGCUCGCCUGCCUGUCGGCGCAGAACGGGGAGUCGUCCCCUUCGGCNACGUCCGCGGGGGACCUGGCCCACGCCAACGGGCUCCUGCCUGCCGCCCCCUCCGACGCUUGCAACAAUAGCAACAGCCUGAGUGUCAAUAACGGGGUUCCCGGCGGGGCCGCCGCGGCCACCGCCGCCGCCGCCCAGGCCACCCCCGAGCUGGGCAGCAGCCUCAAGAAGAAGAAGCGGCUCUCGCAGUCCGAUGAGGAUGUCAUUAGACUCAUAGGACAGCACCUCAAUGGCCUAGGGCUCAACCAAACUGUUGAUCUCCUCAUGCAAGAGUCAGGAUGUCGUUUAGAGCAUCCUUCUGCUACCAAAUUCCGAAAUCAUGUCAUGGAAGGAGACUGGGAUAAGGCAGAGAAUGACCUGAAUGAACUAAAGCCUUUAGUGCAUUCUCCUCAUGCUAUUGUGAGGAUGAAGUUUCUGCUGCUGCAGCAGAAGUACCUGGAAUACCUGGAGGANGGCAAGGUCCUGGAGGCACUUCAAGUUCUACGCUGCGAACUGACGCCGUUGAAAUACAACACCGAGCGCAUCCAUGUCCUUAGUGGGUAUCUGAUGUGCAGCCAUGCCGAAGACCUACGGGCAAAAGCUGAAUGGGAAGGCAAGGGCACAGCGUCCCGGUCCAAACUGCUGGACAAGCUUCAGACCUAUUUACCACCAUCAGUGAUGCUUCCCCCACGGCGUUUACAGACUCUCCUGCGGCAGGCGGUGGAACUACAAAGGGAUCGGUGCCUAUAUUUUGAAAGAAUAAUUAUAUGUGGAUUUGUUUGUUUUAGGAGGCAGUUUCCCUGUUACACUCAGCAGAUACUUACAGAGCAUUGUAAUGAAGUGUGGUUCUGUAAAUUCUCUAAUGAUGGCACUAAACUAGCAACAGGAUCAAAGGAUACCACAGUUAUCAUAUGGCAAGUUGAUCCGGAUACCCACCUGUUAAAACUGCUUAAAACGUUAGAAGGACAUGCAUAUGGUGUCUCUUAUAUAGCAUGGAGUCCAGAUGACAGCUAUCUUGUUGCUUGUGGUCCAGAUGACUGCUCUGAGCUUUGGCUUUGGAAUGUACAGACGGGAGAAUUAAGAACAAAAAUGAGCCAAUCUCAUGAAGACAGUUUGACCAGUGUGGCCUGGAAUCCAGAUGGGAAACGCUUUGUGACGGGAGGUCAGCNUGGUCAGUUCUACCAGUGUGACCUGGACGGAAAUCUUCUGGACUCCUGGGAAGGAGUGCGAGUAUAGUGCCUGUGGUGAUUGAGUGACAGAAAGACUGUGCUGGCUUCGGACACGCACCAGAGAGUCCGGGGCUACAACUUUGAGGACCUGACAGAUAGAAACAUAGUACAGGAAGAUCAUCCUAUUAUGUCAUUUACUAUUUCCAAAAAUGGCCGAUUAGCUUUGUUAAAUGUAGCAACUCAGGGAGUUCAUUUAUGGGACUUGCAAGACAGAGUNUUAGUAAGGAAAUAUCAAGGUGUUACCCAAGGGUUUUAUACAAUCCAUUCGUGUUUUGGAGGCCAUAAUGAAGACUUCAUCGCGAGUGGCAGUGAAGAUCACAAGGUUUACAUCUGGCACAAACGUAGUGAACUGCCAAUUGNGGAGCUCACAGGGCACACGCGCACAGUAAAUUGUGUUAGCUGGAACCCACAGAUUCCAUCCAUGAUGGCCAGUGCCUCAGACGAUGGCACUGUUAGAAUAUGGGGACCAGCACCUUUCAUAGACCACCAGAAUAUUGAAGAGGAAUGCAGUAGCAUGGAUAGUUGAUGGCAAAUUUGGAGCAGACGACUUCUGUUUAACUUAAAAUUAGUCGUAUUUUAAUGGCUUGGGAUUUGGUGCAAACAAACAUGAUUGAUAGCUGGACAGACAUGCUCGUCAUGAAAAAAAAAAAAAAAAAGAACCAUUUUGAAGCCCGAUUGGGGCCAAACAUUUACACCUUGCUUCCUAGUAACCAGUUGAUGAAGCACGUCUAGAACGUUGUUGGANACCAUGUUGAAUUAUUCCCCAUCGGUUGUGAAGAACUGUGCUACUACAUUCAGGCUUACCCAUUGAACUCAGUAUAUAUAUAUUUUCCCUCCUGCCUUUUGUCUGGUGGGACACCAUUCUUGUUGCUCUUCUGUGUAAUGAAGUUCAAAUGCUUGUUUGGAGACUUUAUUUAACAGUUUAGAAGGCUUGAUAGGAAGAGGUCAUUAGUCUGAAGAGUAUACAUUNGACAGGAAAGAAUUUCCUUUCGUUUCUCCAAAUCUUUCCGCCUUAUUUAGCUUGAGAUCUUUGCAGCUUGGUUCAUGGAUUCUAGCCUUGCCCGUUGCGCAGUAUAUACUGAUCAGAUGAUAAACCAGUGAACUAUGUCAAAAGCACUCUCAAUAUUACAUUUGACAAAAAGUUUUGUACUUUUCACAUAGCUUGUUGCCCCNUAAAAGGGUUAACAGCACAAUUUUUUAAAAAUAAAUUAAGAAGUAUUUAUAGGAUUAAAGUGACUUCAUUUGUAUACAUUUGAAAUCUAAACCAGCUUAAAAACAGUGUCCUCUGUGACUGAGAUAUGCAGUGUAACUGAUGCUCUUCUGGAGUGCCACGUGAGACAUGGCAUGGUCAGAAACAGUGUUCAGAAGGACACGGCACAGGAAAGCCAGAGAGAUACUUUCCCCUUUUUACUUUAUUCCCGAAGGGACAUCAGUACCUGAUACUGAAGAAAGUCAAGAUUCAAAAGGAAAAUUGUAUAAAUAAACCAGUACAGAAGAUCAGCAUCAAUCUAGGUUUUCAAGAAAGCUUGUUCCAAGUUCUCUGAACUUGAGGGAAUCGUUUUGAUGUGAUCUAGCAGAAGUAGACAUCAGAAGAUAGACCUGCUUUGGGAAUUUCUAGUGUAGUUGAAUCUUAGAGGAAGUCAGCAGGCUACAAACACUUAUGUAAACUGGAAUUAAAGCCUGAGUCAUUUCUCCUAAUUGCCCUUAAUGUCCAACAUAUAGGGACACUCAUUUAAAUAAGAUUCCUUCUCAGUUUCUCAGAUGUUGCCAUAAUGAACCUCAUUCAAACUGGUGCUGUGGACAGUCUUUCCCUCUCCCUCCCCUUUCAGUUUACGGGAAUGUUUCCUUUAUGGAAAAAAAAAAUGAUUUCUCAUCUUGAAGACCCUAUAUCUAACUUAAGCCUGAUCGAUGUUCAUGGUGUUUUCAACUCCAUAAUUGCUGGGUCUAACCAGUCUCCCUUGAAAUCCAUGUUUUCCAAUAGGAGAUAACCAGGGUGACCACAGCUCUUGGAAGGAAAAGUGGAGUUAACUUCCAUGUAUCCUGAUGAACAACAACAUCUGGUACAACUUGCCCUUGAGGCCGAGCCAAGUCCAUAGCAUUCGCCAUGCUCAUAGGCCCCUCGGGAUCCUGAGAGAAGAGAGAGGCUUGUACUGAGGGGUCUUCCCAUUGUGGGGGUCGUAGGGAGGGAAAAGCCAGGAAGGCAGUGUUCAUUCUCCCAAAGCCCAUCCAUCGUAAGGAGAUGACAGAUUGGAGUCAGCAGAUUAUUAAUUCAAAUGGGUAAUGUAAAAGAUUCCUUUAAGCUUCAUUUUUCAGAGACCACCACUUUAGAAAAUCAGAGAAAUCCUGUUUUGAUACUUCUUAGUUAAAAUAAUAUGUUACCGUUUAUCUGGUACUUCAUUUUCUUGACUAAAAUUACUUUUCACUUUAAGCUUGAAUAAAAAUUUUCAUUCAUAACUGUAUAUAAUUAAGUGGCAACUCCUCUUUACCUCAGUGCAGUUAAAACCAUCUUUUGAUUGACAUACCCCGAAGCCAUUAAUCCAUACACCACAGUCUACAGUAGCAAUCACUAACACCAUGUGGGCACAGAACUCCACAGCUGUUUACAGAUGUGGUUACAGUGUACCACGUGGCAUGUACAUGAUGCUCCCUGAGGGCUGUACCCAUCAGGACAGUUUGGCACCUACAUUCUGCUAGUGUAUCCAGCUGCACCUAGAUCCGAGUGUUCACUGCUUCUGAAGUACAUUUAAAACACUGGGAGGUAAGAGCGUGCACCGAAGGUGAGGGCCAUUACCAGAACAUAACUCCUGUUAGAGUGGAGUCACAACUAUGCAAGGGUGUUGAUAGUAGCUAGAUGAGUUUGGUUUCCAAGUCUGUCCUAACUGGCCACUUCCUCUCUAGACUGGUACUUGACUGUGCCAAUUUGCUGUAAGCAUCUGUUUCGUAUAUUUGCCAUGAAGUGAGUGUGGUAGAAAGGUAAAGAAAGCUAGAGUUUAUGGUGGAGGAACCUGGUGGCAGGAUUGCGUGAAAAUCUCUGACAUUGUGAUAAACUCGAUAAAGGCUUAAGAGAAUUCUGUCAAGCCUGUCACAAGAUGCUAACCAAUGUAUAAACUGAAAAGUACCAAUACUUUUUGCACAUAGAUCCAAAUAGUGGAGAAGUUUGGCUCCAAAAAUCAGGUUAGUAGGCUCAAGUCCAUGUGCUUAAAAUGCUUCUGUUGUUAAUGCAUCGAUUAAGGGCUAGAGUAAGAAUGGAAUUAAAUGUCUUUUUCCUCUAAAUAACUGGUUAUUAGUGGUAAAGUGUUGGAUUUGGGGGGUCACUGAGGUUGGUUUGUGGGUGGUGAUCAAAAGAAUUAGCGUGGGAGUUAGGGGAGAUGACGAAGCUUCACACUUGGGGUUUGAAUUCCAUUAGUAUUCGUGCCAGCUGUGUGGCAUUGCUUUUUCUGGCCAGAUAAAUGUCCUGGUAACCCAGGUAAGUAGUAAAAACAGGGCAUUUUAUUUGCAAAUGUCCCCUUAAAUUGGCUCAUUUUAUUGGGUAGGAGAACAAAAAAUAGAAUUCUCCGACUAUAAGUAAUUAAGUGGGCCUGCUAGGCACACAGGAACAGUAAUUCCGCAAGAGCAGUUGAUGAGGAGCGGUCUGCCUUAAGGGGUGUCCUGUGGCAUUAAUAGAAAAUCCUUUCCCACCCCUCCCCAUCUUGAAAUUUUCUUUUUUAGGUUGUUGGUUCCUGCAAACAAGAACUGACCGGCUGCCUCCCUUGGGUGCAUGUCUCGCACAUCUCUUGAAAGGGGGCAAUGCCUGUGUCGUUUACUUUACGGCAGAAGAAUGGGAGGAAAGAAGAUAUUGUCUU